AUGUCCACGGACUUCGCUCUGGCCAUUAUUCUUAUUCUUGUGCGCUCCAUUGUGGAUAUGUUCUCCGCGCUUCAGAUUUUGAUGGAGUUCCGUACUGCAUCUGUGGCCCCAAGUUCCCUGGUUUUUGGAAAGGGUGAGCAUGUGAGGGAUCCGAGGAAGAUGGUUAUUCCGUAUUUGAAAACUGAUUUCGUUACCGAUAUGGUUCCUGCUCUUCCCAUCCCUCAAGUAUCGAAGACUAUUGAAUUUGAAGUCUUCUGUAGCCUUACAAACUCAUUGCUGGCUGCAAAAAAACCUGAUGAGGUGCUUAGAAAGAGACAUACUAUCACUGUUCACUGUUGUUCUGUUUACAAAGGUUUAUCCGACGUAGUUUUUUUCCUGAUGACAAUUCAAGUUUCUCUUAAUGAUGCGAAAGCAUGGAUACAUAGGAGACUCCAGCUAUUCUCAUCUGAUGUAGGGGAUAGAAGAUGUAGUUUUGCUUCUGAUCUUUCUCUUCCUUAG